UUUAAUCACCAUUUAUUUACUCGCUAUUAGUCCCUCUCCCUCCAUCCCUCCCGACUCCGUCUCCCUACCCUUCCCCCCUCCGCCGAGGCGACCAGCCCCGUCAAUCCGAGACUCCCACGCAAACCCUAGCCAGCUAGCUAGCCACACCGGCUGGGUCCAAUGGCGGAGGACGGCUGCGACAGGGACCAGCAGCAGCAGCAGCCGGCGGCCGCCGCGGCGUCAGGUGGCGCCGGGGUCGAGGGGCGCAGCAGGGAGAGCGUCAAGCUCUUCGUGGGGCAGGUGCCCAAACAGAUGUCGGAGGCCGAGCUGGUCGCCAUGUUCCGCGGCGUCGCCCUCGUCGACGAGGUCACGGUCAUCCGCGACAGGGCCACCAGGGUCUCGCGAGGCUGCUGCUUCCUGAUAUGUCCAUCAAGGGAGGAGGCUGACAAGGCUGUGACUGCAUACCACAACAAGCGCACACUACCUGGGGCCUCAAGUCCCUUGCAAGUAAAAUAUGCUGAUGGGGAGUUGGAAAGAUUAGAGCACAAGCUCUUUGUUGGAAUGCUACCAAAAAAUGUAACAGAUGCUGAAAUGAUAGAUUUAUUUUCAAAAUAUGGGAAUAUCAAGGAUUUGCAGAUUUUGAGAGGUUCUCAACAAACGAGCAAAGCUGGCUGUGCCUUUCUAAAAUAUGAAACAAAAGAGCAAGCUGUGGCUGCUAUAGAAGCUCUAAAUGGAACACACAAAAUAGAGGGUUCAAGUGUUCCCUUGGUUGUCAAAUGGGCUGACACUGAAAAGGAAAGGCAAGCUCGAAAAGCGCAAAAAUCUCCAUUCCAGUCUUCUAACAUGUUGAAUGCAAAUGCUAUGCGGCAGAAUUCAGUGUUUGGAGCUCUACAGAUGGGAUAUGUGCCGCAGUACAAUGGAUUUGGCUACCAGCCACAAGGAACCUACGGGCUUAUGCAAUACCCACCUCUAUCUCCUGUGCAAAAUCAAGCUGCCUUCCAGAAUAUGGUCCAGCCUAUUAAUCAAGCAAGCUCGACCCGUGGAGCUAAUUCUGAACUUCCCCCUGAUUUAGUUCCUAGAUCAUUUAAUUCCACACAGUUGGGAAGCCCCUAUUCGCCUCUGCCUGGCUUGCAGUAUCCUGGAGUGUAUCCUGGUGGCCCUAUUAAUCAUCGCCCCUUUUCAAAUUCUCACAGUUCAACCAAAGUUCAAAAUUUAAAUGCUAAUUUACCGUCUUCAAGUCCCAGCAGCAAUCCUGCCCCCCAGAUAGAGGGCCCUCCUGGAGCCAAUUUGUUCAUAUAUCACAUUCCACAAGAAUUUGGUGACCAUGAUCUUGCAAAUGCAUUUCAUAGUUUUGGUAGAGUACUGAGUGCUAAAGUUUUUGUAGACAAGGCAACUGGUGUUAGUAAAUGCUUUGGUUUCGUAAGCUACGAUUCUCCAGCUUCUGCACAAGCAGCCAUUAGUGUGAUGAAUGGAUACCAAUUAGGUGGUAAAAAGUUGAAAGUUCAACUCAAGAGAGACAACAGCAAGCACAGUAAACCUUUCUGACACAGCGAAUUCAUUGUAUGCUCACAUGAUCAGGAAAAUCGGUACAUACUAUGUUUCACAAUUGAUUAUUACAUUGUUUCCUCUGGCUCUUGUAUCUUUGUUCAAUUCACAUCCUUGAAAACUGUCACAUCGUGUAUUUUUAUCGCAGCAUAGUUGUAGCAUUUGUACCAUUAGAUCUUGUACAUCAGACAUUAAUUCAUUCAAUUCUUUAUUUUUAAUUUUCAUCAUGAAUCAUUUUAUUGUAAAUAAUCUUCUAGGAUUUACGAUAUGGCAUGUUUCAGUGUUUGUUGUCCUUAA